UUCCUAAAUUCUCUGUUCUUCAUCUUGCUGAUAAAAUAUUUAUUCUUGAUAAGAAGUACCACUAAAUGGGUAUAGACUUGUACGUAUUAAGUUACCGCUAAAAUGAUUCUCAUCUCAACGAAUUCGUCAACUCUUUAUCAGUCUAUUGCGAGAAGUUUUCGAGAUUUUGUUUUUUACGAAUAAUCGCGAUGAAUAUAUUUCGUGAGCUGAGUUUCUUGUUGUGCGUUUUACGCUUCGUGAAUUGUAUAAUAUUGGAGACGAAACAAGGUUCGUUGGAAGGCGAAACUCUAUUGAGUCGAGGUGGACGUCCUUAUUAUGCUUUUUAUUCGGUUCCUUACGCUGAGCCUCCGUUGGGAGAACUUCGAUUUCAAAGUCCCGUUCCUCCUUCAAAAUGGCAAGGUGUAAGAGACGCUACUGUAUUACCUCCAGCGUGCAUGUCUGCCGAAGAUGACAAUAAGAUAGUUGGCGAAGAAGAUUGCUUGUACUUGAAUGUGUACACUCCAAAGAUUGGCAAUAAUUCUCUGUUACCUGUGAUGGUGUUCAUUUUUGGGGGUCGUUAUAUGUACGGUAACGCCCUACCCACCAGAUACGGACCUCAGUAUUUUAUGGACGAAGACGUUGUCUUGAUUACCUUUCAUUAUAGAUUGGGAGUUUUAGGUUUCUUGAGCACCGAAGAUGAAGUUAUUCCAGGAAAUUACGGCUUGAAAGAUUCCAUCGCUGUGCUUCAAUGGGUGCAAAAUUACGUAGAUUCGUACGGCGGAGAUAAGAGUAGAGUUACAUUGUUUGGAGGUAGUUCUGGUGGUGCGGCGGCUUCAUAUGCGUUGAUUUCGCCUCUGGCUAAAGGACUAGUUCAUCGAGUAAUUUCACAAAGUGGCUUUGCUCUUGAUGUUGAAAAACCCGGAAAAGCUAAAUAUAUGGCUUGGGAACUUGCAUCUUUUGUCGGAUGCAACGAUGACAAAAUAACGAGUUCAGAUGCAUUAUUGACAUGUUUGAAAAAAUACCCUGCUGAGGAAUUAGUUAGACAUAAUAACAGAUUUUACGAAUUUGGUCAUCUACUUCCAAUGGCUCCGUGGAGUCCAGUCAUCGAGAAUGAAAAAGUACCCGGAGCUUAUCUCGUCGACGAACCACGAAAAUUGCUAGCAAGGAAAAAUAAUAUCCCUUGGAUUAUAGGAAUGAAUUCCGAUGAUGGUGGAAUGUUUGCGAUUUUCGCAUAUUUCACACCUGGAAUGACAGUGAUCGACGAGUUGGCUGAAAACUACAAGAAAUAUUUCCCAAUGGUGUUCGGUUACGGGAGGUUCACACAAAGCAUCGAACAAGCUGAUAAACUUACUGAAAUUUAUAAAAAUUAUUAUUUCGGCGAUACCGAAAUUCGCGAUAAUGUUCACGCGUUUUCCAAGAUGUGUACUUGUUUAUUUUACCUGCCGGCGAUCAGAGAAAUUGUAAAAUUAUACCAAGGUCCCACUUACGUUUAUUAUUACGAUCACAGGAAUAAAGAAACGUUCGGUCCUAUGUAUGCGAAAUAUGAUGAAGAUAUGGGAGUUAUCCAUGGAGAUGAAUUAAUCAGUAUGUACAAUUGGUCCGAAGUGAUAACACCGGUUACCGAAGGCAUAGAUUUAGUCGUUUCUAAACAAGUGUUGAAGUUGUGGACUAAUUUCGCAGCUACAGGUGAUCCUAAUAACGAUGGAGAACAGAUUUGGAGACCGGUUGAUUCGACUGAUAUCAAUUAUUUGCAUAUUAAAGGUGGAAAAUUGGAAACAAAAGAAGCUUUGUUGAAGUCAGAGUAUGAGUUUUUAGAAAGCGUUUCGUCAAAGCUGUUGAGAGAUGAGUUGUAGAAGAGAUGAUCGUUGCAGUCUGCUCGGCAAUGCAGAUACAUAAUUAGUAUUUUCGUAUGAUUGUUGUAAUUUUUUUUUUUUUUUUUGAAUGAGAAACACUUGUCGUUUUUUAUUCCAAACAUUCGUUGUGAUGAUGUUGAACAUCAUCAAUAUUACCAUUUGCAUUAAAUUGAUCGUUUCAAAAACUUGAAA